AUGGCCAGCUUAGGAGCCUUACCUGUCGAGCUCCUGAGAAUCAUUGGUGAUUAUGUCUACGCAGAUGCCGCUACCAACUAUGCCGCUCCUCAAUCUAGACAUGGGGCUGUCAACGACCUCGUAUCGUUGACAAUGACCAGUCGACACUUUCAUGGGGUCUUCAAUCCGCUGCUCUAUCACUGGGAUCGAGGCCACGGACUUUACGCCAUGUCUUGGGCCAUUAAUCGUCACAAGCCUCGGACCCUUCAGAAAAUACUGGCUGUCGGUGUAGAUGUCGACAGAGAGGUCCACGACUAUUCGUCCGGGAUGACAGCCCGGCCAAUCUCAAUGGCAUUGGAGUCUCGAUCAUUGGAUUGCCUGAAAUUGCUUCUAGAGUAUGGAGCAAAUCCAGAUGGUGCACACGUCAGCGAUCACCCUUAUCGCAUCAGCGAUUCAUCUUCGGCACUAUACUUUUCACAAAGCCAGCAUCGAGAAGACGAAGAAGUAGCCUUGAUUCUUCUAAAGCAUGGGGCCCGAAAAUACUUCAGGAUGCCCUACACUCUUAAGCCAAUCGUCUCAACCACCGCACUACAUCAAGCUGCAGCAUGUGGCCAUGUCAAGGUCGUCCAGCAUUUGCUCGCAGAAGGGGACAUUGAAGUCGACAUGCCAGAUAAAUUUGGGCGUACGCCCUUUUAUCACGCUGCCAUACGUCAUGAGGAUACUACUGCGAUUUUGCAGAUGCUCCUCGAGCAUGGAGCGAAUCGCUCUAGCGACACUUGCAUACUAGAACGAGCUCUUCGAGAUGGUCAUGUCGAGAAUGUCAUUCUGCUGCUGUGUAAGCAAACAGACUUUUGCCACCAGACUCUGUACAAUUAUCUGUAUGACUUGAAUUACCGGCUUUUGGAGCGAACCAAAACUUUUCCGGGCGAUUCACUAGAUGAGGAUGUUCCAAGGAUCAUCUCCAAACUCAUCGAUCUUGGCGCCGACUUCAAUAACCCCCCGCCACCAUUCUUUGAUGAGCAUGGUAAGUGA